AUGGUCCCCGGAAGAGUGACUGAUACCAAACCAGGAGGCUACAUGGUUGCGAUAAAAAUAAUCGACAAGACGAAACUGGACGAGGAGAAUCUGAAGAAGAUUUUCCGCGAGAUCCAGAUAAUGAGGAAGCUGCGGCACCCGCACAUCAUAAGACUGUACCAGGUGAUGGAGACGGAGAAGAUGAUCUACCUCGUGACCGAGUACGCCAGCGGAGGCGAGAUCUUCGAUCACCUGGUGGCGAACGGCAGGAUGGCGGAGAAGGAGGCGCGGCGUGUGUUCGCGCAGAUCGUGGCCGCCGUCAGCUACUGCCACCGGCGGCGGGUCGUGCACCGCGACCUCAAGGCCGAGAACCUGCUGCUCGACCACAACUGCGACAUCAAGCUCGCAGACUUCGGCUUCAGCAACCACUACCAGCCCGGCCAGCUGCUGUCCACGUGGUGCGGCAGCCCCCCUUAUGCCGCCCCCGAGCUCUUCGAGGGCCGCAAAUAUGACGGACCCAAGACUGACAUAUGGAGCCUCGGGGUUGUCCUGUAUGUGCUGGUCUGUGGAGCCCUCCCAUUUGAUGGCCGCACACUGCAGUCUCUCCGUACAAGGGUUAUCUCGGGCAAAUUUCGGAUUCCAUUUUUUAUGAGUGCAGAAUGUGAACACCUCAUCCGCCAUAUGCUGGUUGUCGACCCAGAGAAGAGGCUCAGCAUAAAACAAAUUCUGAAUCACAAGUGGAUGACUCAGGGGGAAAUUCAGCCCAGCUUGCAGAAAAUAAUUUCAGACUUGGAUCAGCCAGAGGAUCUACUUGAGAGCCCCGAGCCUCUGAAUAAUCUGGUCAUGGAGCACAUGUUGAAACUGCCAGGCCUCGACAAGGAUAUGAUUGUGCAGUCUGUGCGAAAUCAUGGCUUUGACCACAUCAGUGCCAUCUACAGUUUGCUGGUUGACAAACUGGAGAAGCGUAGACUGAUAAGUUCCAGUACGGGAAGUCUACCAGUAAUUCAGAGGAAAGCGAGCAUAACAACAGGUGUGGUAGACCGUAGCCCUGUGGGUGACGGAGAGACGGAGCAGGGCGCUGGGUCUCCCCUCGUAUCCAUGCCAACCAUCCCUGCUGUCUUCUUGCUGGAAGACCCUGAGUCGCUGGAGAAGUUUGGAGAUGUUGACAUGCCUAUGGAAUCUGAAUCAGAGGAAACCUCACGGCAACCAAGAAGUGGUUCUGGAGUGGAUCGGUACCUAACUGCAAGGAGACACACAGUUGGGCCAGGAGAUACAGCUCACGAGCAGGUGCUGGAGGCGCACUACAUCGGACUGGACGCAGGUGCAGGUGGUGCCAUGCAGCAGCUCAACAUCCUGCCCAACACGAACCUGCCACUGAACAUUCCGCUCGUGCAGCACCAGCCACCGCAGAACUUCAGCAUCAAGGACCAGCACCUGCUGAAGCCUCCCACUGUCAUGGGGGCCAGUGAGUUUGGUGGUUUCGGUCGACGAGCAUCAGAUGGGGGAGCGAACCUGCAAAUGUUUUUCAGUCGUCAGAUGGAAGGCGUGUGGAGCCAACCGGGCAGUCAGGAGCACCUCCAGCUUCUGCAGCCAGGAAGUCCUACUCUCUCCCAGCGUUCACAGCCCAUUGCUGCUGCUAAUGGCAGCCCGGAGGGCAUCCAUAUGUCGGACAGUCUUCCCACUGAGGACCUGCCUGACGCACAUGAUGUGGCGAGCUGGUCGGCCGGGCAGCAGCACGAGCUGGAGGCAGCUGCUAGUGUGCUGAGGUGCAGCGAUGCCCACAGGUACAUGGAGUGGCGCGGCAAGGCGAAGCGGCACACGCUGGCCAUGGCGAGCUCCGAGGAGGUGCAGGAGGCACAGCGCAAGAUGCGCACGCGCCGUACUGGCCUCCCUACGGUCACGGAGCGCCCCCCAGAAAUUAGCCCAGAAGUAGUGUCUGAAGUAGAGGCGCGCAUGCGCCGCAAGUACCCAGUCUUACCACCACCACCACCACCCGCCAGCAGGUUCCCUCGCCACAAGAAACUUUCUGGCCUCGCCACAGUUCAGGAGGCAAAUAAUCGACCAGUGAGGGAUAGCUUCAAGGAGGUGAACAGCCUGCACCUGCCCCAGGAGAGGUACAGCCCCGUGCGGAGGGCCAGCGAGGGCUGCCCCUCCCCGUACCGCAGCCCCCAGCACCAGCACCAGCUGCAGGCACAGCAGGACGUCUUCGGCCGGGAGGGCAAUGUCAAGGCCCUGCAGCAGGAGUACCAGCAGCUGCAGCGACACAGUGGCAGUGCGGGCGACGCCCACGAGCUGCAGUUGCGCCACUCGCUCCACAUGCAGCAGAUGUUGGGCGGCUCCCCUCUGCGGUCAGCGACGCCGUCUCCGCCGACCACGCAGAGCCCUGCCUCUAUACCCGGUUCCCCCAUACACCAGCAAUGCUGCAGUGGUGCAGAGUACCCACAGUCGCCGACCUCCAGCGUGAGCUGCCUGGCAGCGGGGCUGAGUGGGCUGUCCACGGGCGGGGUGCCACUCGCACUCGACCUGCGAGUGACACCGUCGCCCCCGUCGAUGUCGCAGGCGCCGCCGCUGGGCACGAUCCGUGAGGAGCUCAACCGGCAGAGCCGACAGCAGCACCGGCAGAUGCACCCGCAGAUUAGCCUCACAGACGAGAUGGGUGACGAGGUCACCCUUGUCGCGCCUCCGCACUACUACUGCCCGCCCUCGCUGCCUCCGCCAUUUGCGAUACCCGGCCCGUGUGAUCCCGGCCGCCCGUCCAUAGUCCGAGGAAUUGGACGCCAGCGCCUUCCGACAGUCACGACUGGCGAGAUUCGGCGGGAGCAGUAUGCCAGGAAUCACCCUUCGCUGCAUCACACAUUCCCGCCACCUUCGGGGGUGGACCUUGAAGUGACGUCGCCACCUUCUUCACCUCCGUCACCUCAGGAUGGUGUCGUUGCUUCUGAGCUGCAAAAGACAUCUAGCGGAUCAUUCGAGGUGGCACUGUCGGAUUUUUGUUCACGACUCGAUGCAGCAGAUAUUCUCGGUCUGGUCAAGAGUAUUAUAGACACGCGCGCACCUCCGUCGAGCUUUGCAUACGGAGGCGAGUGGGGCUCGACGGACGGAUGUGAUGAUGAUGGCGGUGGUGGUGGACUCGCCCUGGAGUACCCGGGCGGUGUGCAGAUUGAGCUGAGGGUGUUUGGUUGUGAGUCUAAGGGUCUGAAAAUGCGUAGAAUAUCCGGUGACCACUUACAGUACAGCCAGCUGUGCCAGGAACUGGUGUCUUGCAUGUCUGUCUGAAGGUUGCGUUUCAGUUCUGUGACGAGUCUCUCGAGGUAUGAUUCAGAUGCUAAUACCUCUGCUGUCACUAAAGAGAAAUUCCACGAGCACUAGAAAUGUGCUUUCGUGAGUGCCAGAUGUACAUUUAAUGGCAGUUUCAUGUAAUGGAGCCAGUAUUGUCAAAAAGUGAUUCUUAUUUUUGGUACAGAAUUAAUGUGUCUUCUCUUUUGAAUAGUUAUUCUGAUAUGUAAUACAUGUGAACUGCAAGUAAUUUCUUGACCAGUGUCAAAAUUUGCGAGAGCAUGUGCACAUAUUUAUUGACGUGCCCUACACGGGAAUGUAUUUUCUACCACUUUUAAUUCUAUAUCGUAAAAAUAUUUCAUUUAAUGUGCCUUUCUACUUGCUUAGUAUCUGGGAUGUCAGAGUAGACACUAAAGACAUAGAUUUAUUGUCUGGAGUGCCCAUUCAGCCAAAAAGACGUAAUUGAGUGAUACUUUGACAGUGAUAUUCCCUAAUGCCCUAAGUGGAAGUAUAGUACUGUCAGUCAUUGUGAUAGAAUAAAUGAUUAUUAAAGACUUACAUACUUCAUAAGCUAUGAAUGGCAGAAGUUCUGACAGAAGAUGAGUGUUAUACAUGUUCAGUUUAAAGAAACAUUUGCAUAAAAAACUACUUACUCUUGUUAAGUCUAUGACUUGUCCACCAAGCAAUUGCUUAUCUUUGACAAUGGCAAAUUUACUUGUCCUUAAAAACAACAGUGUCUGUUAUUAAAGAAUGAUGAUCCACAUCUUUCUGACAAAAAUGAGGUUACUCAUAUCCUAACACACAGCAGUAAAACUGUUCCUAGGAAUCAGUACCACUGUCACAGGCAGAUGCUGUUGAUAAUGUAGCAUUUUAUGCACAUUUGAAACAAGGUUCUGUUAGCGAGUGUCAUAAAGGAGAUCUGUGUAUGUAUUGCAGUGAGCCUCUGCUUAUGGAUGUGUUAUCUGCAGAAAUAACACCAGUUUGCUCACAAGCACUGUCAGAACUCUGUGCAAUGUUAUUGUGUUGGACAUUCUUGAAGUUUCAUUGUCUGGGACGUCAAUGAAUUACUUUUUUCUGUGAAAAUGCCACUAUAUUAUUUGUGGGAAAUGAAUAAUUUCUACAUCACUAUGGUCCUGAAUUUUACUCUUGUAUGAGUUAUGGAAUGUGACUUAGAGAAUGAUGGAUAAGGACUUUUUUCCUUUUUUGGAAAAGUGAGAAAGCCUUUUUUAGUAGCAUCACCUUGUUGUAAGUGUUACUUUCAAUAGUAUUGUGUGUGUGUGUGUGUGUGUGUGUGUGUGUGUGUGUGUGUGUGUGUCAUUUUUGUUAAAAGGCAUUGUUCACAUCAGGAAGAAAAACCACUCCUCAAGGAGUUGAUUCAAUGACGUUAUCCCUGACAGGUGAUUUUAUGGCAUUCCAUUAAUUUCUUCUGCAUGAACCUUCAAAAUACUUUUAUCUACAUCAUAUUAUAAAGGAGUUUAUGGGAAAUUAUAUUUCUUGUUGUUAAUGAAGUUUUAUUGUAUUGUACUAUAGAUAUUUCAUUUAUGUAUCUUCUUUUACCUUGAAAACAACAUUAUUGUGUUCUAUAGAUUCAGUACACACAUUUUGACUUCCCUUAACUUGUCAUAAGUCCUAACAGUUAUGUGAGAGUCCAUUUUUACCAAAUUUGUACAAUGCCAUCACAUACUGCCUGCUGAUUGGCAUUUGUGGUGUAAGAAAGAUAGUUAUCAGGAUUGUGUGUGGAAACUGCUCACAUUAGUUCAUACAUACAUCUAUAAAACAUAGAGGGUAAUGGUAUGGGCAAAGUAUGAUCAAACCUGUAUGUGCUGAAUGAGCUUUUUUGUUUACGAUGAAUUCAUUUUAUUAUUACAGUUAUUAAAGUGCCUCUGAGUUACAAUGAAUGUUCUCUGAUGUUUCAGUUGUGGAAAGCUCAUAAAGCAGCCCAAAAUUUCACAUUCAUUCUUCUUGAUAACUUCUACGUAGGUCUCCUCAGAACUGGAAUAUUUGAUAAUUGACUGAAUCCUGUGCUCAUCUUAAUAACAGUUGUCAAACAGUGGAAAAUUCAGUAUGGAAUGAUGACAAUAUUUUGAAAAGGAUAGAUUGCUAUGCAUCAUAUGGCAGAGAUGUAGAGUCGCAGAUGAGCACAACAAAAAGACUGUUAGACAAAUAAGCUUUCAGCCAAUUUUUCCAAAUUUAGAAGGCCUUUUGGCUGAAAGCUUACUUUCCUAACAGUCUUUUUGUUGUGCCUAUCUGCAACUCAGCAUCUCUGCUAUAUGGUGAGUAACAAUCUAUCAUUUUCAUAAUAUUGUUAAUAACAGCUGUCUGUCACAGCCAACACUACUUAGUUGUAGGUCUGAAACUGGACUUGGAUGAGAGCUCAUUUGUUGUCAUUUUGAGCAUUAGACUAGGCAAGACAUGCUAAAAUUGUAUUGUACGGAGAAUUCGUUUGAGGAAACCGUAGAGUUAUGAGGAAACAGUACAACUGACUAGUACUUGCCCUGAGAAGGUGAAUUUCUGAUGCUGCUGACAGACAAAAUCAAACUAAGAGGAAAGAAAAGAGGGUUGUGUUUUGGAAGGUUAGGAAGAAGAGGCAGGAUGUGAGGGGGACACCUGAUGUGAGGAUGAACAGCUCAGAAAACUAGGUAUAGAUUUGUUUCUUCUUAUUGCGUUUCUCGACAGUACUGAAGUGUUGCCUGCCAAUCCUAAAUACUGGCGAGCCGUGCACUAUGAAAAUCACAUUGUGGCACAAGUAAAACCUACAUCUGAACUGUGGCAACAGAUGUCCUGUAGUAAUCAACUCUGUUACGGUAAUUUAGGUAACCUGACAUUAGUUUUGUGUUGGAGAGAAUCACAAUCGUAGUGUUAUAUCAUUUUUGUGCUGCUAAAUAGUUAUUCUUUCUCUUUGUCUUCCUUUGCUUUUUACACUGUUUACGUGUUCCUACCAGUAUUAUUUGCCUUGUGUAUUUAGGGGCAAUAAUAUCUACAUUUCUGACAGUAAAUAUGUGUAUAACUUAUUGCCAACAACAAGUAUCUGUAGGAUUUCCAUUAUUGCUAUACUUAUUUUUAUUUUGGGCAUUUUGGAUUCAUCUGGAGCAAAUUUGUUCAUUGCAGCUGUAGUCCCCUUGCUGCCAAGUCAGCUAAACUCAUGGAAAGCUGUUUUUUGGAUAUAGUACUCUUGUUAGUUUACGACUUCCCACAGCUCAGUUUAGUUGUUACAUUAAUUUAAAAGUUGAUACUAGGGUACGUAAUGUAUGCGUAACACAUAAGAAAAAACAAAAUUUAAAUAUUUCUUUAUAAGUAGGAAAAUGGACCAUCAAUGUGGGAGGACAUCAAACUGUAAAAUACUUGUCAAAUACUAUAACUUAUGAAAUGUAAACUUCACUUGUAAACUUAUCUGAUACAAACAUGUCUGAACAACACACAUAAGCGUGCAGUAUGUUCACCGAGACAACACAAAAUAAUGAUGAUUAUAUAUCAAGAUCAGCUGAUUUCCUUGUGCUUCACUGCACUAGUGUUGCAACAUAGAACAAAGCUUUUGGAUCCACACUGAGGUUAGCACUCACCUGCUAUACAGCAUGGAAAUGUGCAUGCUAUAAAAAAUAGGGUGAAAAAGUUUUGACAUUUUACAGUCGAAUAAUGUGGAAUGUUGACAAAUUGUUUAAUUGUACAUUAUGUGUUUUCAGUACAAUCGUACUGCUGUUGACUGUUUGUAAAAUAAAAGUAUCUUAUGCCAACUCAAAAACUUAAAACAUGGAAAUGUCGUAAAACUAAAACAUACACAUUUGGACUAUUUUCAUUAGAAGCUGACCUUAAAAACCAUGCCAAACAGCCAAUGUUCUUUUUAUGGAUCGACUGUACUUGUAUUAACUCCUUCAUCUUGUCUGCUUCCAUUUACAAAAUUGAGAUGGAGUUCUGGUUUAUUUGACCUCCUUAAUAAUGUUCCCUGUGCAACCUCUGUAAUGUCUUAAAAAUGAAAUAUUUUAAUGAGGGAGUCAAGUUCAGUUACUUGGUAUACUCACCUGUAGUUUCAGCUUUAGCUUAAUAAGACUACAGUACUACUACUUUUUGUGAAUUGGUGGGUUUGAGCAAACCUGAGAAUACUUUAUUUUAACUGUGGAACAAUUUUCACAGUAUGAGAACUUCUUGAGUGCCUUUGUAUGCUGCUUUAGGAGAUUAAAAUAUAAAUGUGUGUACUGGAUGAAUUUUGUAACUUACAAAAUUAGUCUUCUAUAUUUGAGUUAAUGUGGAUAUAUUUAAUGUCAAAUAUUGUAAGUAGUCCGUGUUUUGAGUUGUUUAUGUUUCUGAAAAAUAUUUUUGUAUGUCUUUAUGCCCACUGUUUUAAUCAAAUCUAUACUGUAACUGUGUAUAUCUUCAUUAUUCUUCUGUUCAGUUUUUCACAUGUAAUAUAGUGGUACGAAUCAUAAUACAGAAGUAACAGACAGCGCAUUAACACAGUUUUAGAGGUGUAUUUCUACAAUGCCAGUCAGUUGAGCAUAUUUUCUACUCUUAUCUAAUAAGACGUAUAACAUCUGUGGUUACAGCAGAAUGAGAUUUUAAAUUUAUGUCAAUAUAGCAGGCAGAUGAGUAUGUUCUUAUUCUUGAAACAGUGCCUUAAUAAGAAGUUUGGCAAUUAUUUACUUUGUGCUUAUCAUUAUCCACAGCAAAAAAUAAUUUUAAUACCACAGAACUCUUGUUUUAGUACACAAUAAUAACUGUCUUCAAAAAAAUCAAGAUAUUUGUACCUUUGACCACUCUCAGAAAUUUUAAUCAGUAUAAUAUACUUCUAGCAGUUGUGAUUAUGAAUGACACAGUUUCUAGUAUUAUAUAUCAUAGCUGCAUGAUAGGAAACAUAACAUUAGCAAAUGAUGAUGUAUUUCCAUGUGUUUUAAAAGUAUAAUACAUGGAAAGAAUUCUGAUUCGCUUCCAGUUCCAGAUUUUUGUAUUGUCGCAUUGGGUCUGACUUUGGUACUUGAGGUUUCAUGUAACUUUCAGUCAUUAAUUAAAAGAAAUAGUUUUUGAGAUAUUCAUCUAGUGCUGGUAAAAUUUGAUGAUGCAUAGAAAGCUCUAUUUUAUUUUAUUUUGAUUUUAUAUCGUAAUUGCGUGUGAUGAAGCAUGUAACAACUCAUGUUGUAAUUAGCAUGAUGUCAUUAAAAUGUUACUGGAUAAUUAAUCCAAAUCAAACAGAUGUAUAAAUUACAUUGUUGGGUGUAAUAAUUUUUUCAUCAGACAGCAAGCGUUAACUAGUAUUGAUUCACAUUCAGAUAACUUUCAAGAUUAUUUUGAAUUUGCAGGCUACAGGAUUUCAGUAGCUGCGAUGCCAUACAGUGCGUGACUGGCAAAGCUCUGUACUAGUUUGAAGGCUCAUAAAGUUGCAGAGCUAUAUGACUGGAGAAUUUGUGUUAAAGCACUGAUAACUUAUUUCAAGAUAAGAAUGCUGUAGGUCUCCUCGUCUCCCUUCCAUUUUGUUUUCAAACAUGUUCAUCAUGUCUUUGGCUUGUAAGACUGAGGUUUUAUUACAGUUCCUGAAACAUCACUUUGGUGUGCUGAAAUGUGUGUCUGUAGCAAUCUUGGAAGUAACUUGUUGUUUCUUUUAUUGUUACUAGACAUAUUAGAGAAAACACUUUCAAAAUCCAAACUUUUUUUUAAUUGCUGUGGAUAAACAUUUAUUCCAUUGAAGUAAGAGUCAAAGCAUUUCUACCUCCUUCCUACACUUUCACACAGAAAACGCCAACAUUUAAUGUAACAGUACCUGUACAUGCACCAGUUAAUUUAAGAUGUACUGUUGGUUAGCUAUAUAGUGACUGUUCUUAUAUAAAUUAACUGAAUUUUAUUUUACAUUGUAGUUCAUGUUUUAUUUUUAAAUUUUGACACAGUUACUUUGUUCUGGAAUUUGUUUAGUUCUUGUGUUGCAAAUUCAUGCUUUGAUUAAUGGUCUGAAGUGACAGUUUGGGCAAAUAAAUUUUAGUACUUGUAAGUACAGUUUUUGCAAAACGCACAAGUAAAAAUGUAAUGUUAAAAUGUUUGUGAGCAUAUCAUUUUUAUUUUAUUUUUAUUGUGUAUUGGUAAAUAGCUGUAGUUUGUUUCUUCAGCUCUGAAUGUGACUGAUUGUUAAGUGAAUAAAUAUGUUAAAAUACUAUUUUAAUGGAAAUUUUGUCUGUAAGUGACAAUAGAAUACCCAGAGUGGAAUAUCAACUGCAGUUCAAGGGGCCAGCUGCCCCUUGUGUUGCAGGUGAUGUUAGCAUUAAUGCACUUGCUGUACAAACACUAUCAUUGUGUCAGUGUCCUGUGUUUACUUGCCACUUCAUCUGUUAAGUGAAUGAAGAUAGGUUUUUCCUUCAGUUACAAUUGUGUUUGCAUUACACACUGGUGAUAUCCCUAAAUUGUGAUAGCUGACAUCUUGUUGAAUAUGUUCCUAGAUAACUAAAAUUUUUCCUCCUGUUUUCCUUUUUCUAUUUCCUAAUUAUUUUGUAACAGUGUACAGGAUUAUUUUGUAUCAAUAACACAAGCAAAACUCUAAAGUCGCAAGAUGUUGAUUAUCAUUUUUUAGAUAUUGGCAUUAAAUAAUGUGGUUUGGUACUUUUACCCUCUAAAUAGGAUUUCUUAAUUCUAAUAGCCAUUUUAAAAAUGGUUAGUCAAAACUGUUUUUUGUGUUUACAAUGUUCUCUUAAAAACAUAAAAGGAAAUCUUGUACUUUAGUUUUGUGUAUAUGUAUGUAUGUAUGUAUGUAUGUAUGUAAUGUAUGUAAGUGUACAGAAUUAAUUAUUUCUUUUUGUGUGGAUUAAAAUUGUAUAUUUAAUUUUCUAAAAUUUAGAUAUUUGUUAUUACACUCUGUGCCUCAUUACCUGAAGAUGACAAUGCAUUCAAAAAUAGUUUGAGCUUCAUAUGUUAAAUUGGCUAGCAUUGUUAGUAGUUUAGUUGCAGCAUUAAGAAGGACCUUUUAAGUGUUUCAGUAUUAAAUCUAUAAGCAACCUGUGGAGGUAUCAGUAACUUAUCCAUCCACUGCCUCUUAAAAAUACUUUUCUUAAAUAAAAAAUAUUGGGUACUGAUAAAUAACGAACAUGACAUGUGGGAACCAACACAUAUAUUUUUUAGAUCCCCACCUCACCCAUCAUAUGACCUAGUACAACAAAACAGAGUACAGCAACUAUCAUGUUCUGCCAUCAAGUUUAGCAGACACUGUAUAAAAGACCAGGUUACUGCAGUCACCAACUCUAGUGGGUAGCUAUUUUGGAAAUGUUUCUCACAAUUUUUAAGGGCACAUACAUUACUUUCUAUGAGUACUGACCUACUAUAAUUAGAAAAGCAAUCUUGGUCAAAUUGUUAAGUUCCUACUGCAGGUAUGUUUUUGUAUUAUGCCAAUGCUUGGUUAAUGAAGUAAUGUUAAACAGACAAGUACACUCACGGAUAAGAACAAAAUUAUUUUCUCAAUGGAAAGUUACUGAUAUUCCCUACGAAUAUAGUAUUUGUAAUGUCUUAAUACUAUAGUAAGUCUGUCCACACAUGCUGUUGUGCACACUUUUUGAAAUUAUUGUCUGUACAUGUAGCUGCUGUUAUGAUGAGACAAUAAUUUGCUUUCAUUAUGUUGAAGUGUGAACUGAUUUAAUGUGAGAACGCUACUGCCCUUCUCUUAUGCAAGCAUCACAUCUACAUAAAUUGGCCUUCAUUUAUUAAAAAAAGAAUAGAAUGUUAUCUUUUAAAUGUAGAUGUAUAUUAAUAACAAAGUAUUAAGUAACUAAUUGUGAUUUAAGAAGCACAAGAUCUAUGCCUUUUCAUUUAGAAGUUCUUUUAGCUUUUUGCACAGAGUACAUCAAACGUACACUAUAAUGUUAUUCGUGAGGAACAAAUAAAAGCUAAGUUUAUGAUACUGAACUACACAGUCAAAAUUGCCAGUAUUUACAUUUAGCAGCAUCACAUGUGUUUAUUCGAGGCAUAAUUUAUAAUUAGUUAUACAUACACGUAAGUAUCUGUGUAAAUUUUGUGUGCGUUUGAGGUGGUUGAAUGUAUUACAAGGACAAUCUUAAUAGAUCUUCAGCAAGCAAUUCAUUCAUUUUUUUUCCAAGCAACUUUGAAUGAAUCAUAGAUUUGUAAAUAAAAGUUAAUCUUUUUGUAAGAUUAUAGGUAAUGUUUCCUGACAAUUGAUCUCUUUUAAUUACAAACUUGCGACACUUACUUAUAUUUUAUUCAUAUUGACUUAAUAUUUGUUAUAGUCUUCUUAGAUUGACAUGUAUUAUAUGUGUGCUACUCCACACAGGAUGAUGUGUAAAGCAAACUACAUUGUUUUUCAUAGAAGUAUAAUGUGUAAAAAUUAUGUAUAGUUGUACAUAACUAAAGCUUGUGCUGUAAAUCUAAGGUAAGACUGUGAUUUUUACCAUUCUCAAAUAAAUACCAAGAACACUUCCGGUGCUUCA